UACCUUGUGUUGGCUACCUGUCCUUACCUGUCGGAUACCUUACCUGGACAAGCCUCUUACUUAUAUCAAGGCAACAUGAAAGGAAAAACCCAGCUCGCCAAACAGUCCCCGGGGCCACCUUACCAUAUGCUACGGCCGUUUGCGUUGUCCGUGGUGCUGUCCUUGCUGGUCGUGGCGCCCCAAGAGGAUCCAAAACCGUUCGUGACCGUGUUCAAGGUGGCCCCGAUCCUAUGUCUGACCUGGAUCGUCCUGAGGAAAGAGAUCAUGAGGCUUGAGACGGUUCUGCUCCUGCUGGCUUUGGUGUUUUCAAUGAUUGGGGAUUUCUACUUGCUAUGGCCCAAGAAGCACUUCCUGGAGGGGGUGAUGGCGUUUUGGGUAGCGCAGGCCAUCUACAUCGUCUCCUUCGGCUUCAAGAGGGUUAGCUGGAAGAGUGGGUUGGCGGCCUAUGGGUUCAACUUGCUGUGUCUCGUGGUCGCCCUGAACUUCAUCCCUUCGCCGCCCGAGAAGAUGGCUGUCACUUUUUACUCGUUUACGUUGAUUACGGUCGUUUGGAGGGCUCUAGACAGGCACCUCCUCAACAAAGAGAUAUCGUGGCACAGAAGGGUCUCCGGAGUGGUCGGUACAAUGGUGUUCUGUGCCUCUGACCUGUGCAUCGCUUUGCUUCAAGAGGGGAAGAUGCUGCCUCACACACCAACCCAACUUAUCAUACUGUCAACUUACUACAUAGCCCAGGCCUUUAUUGUACUAGGUCUGUGUGAAGGGUUUUGGAAGCUGUAGUGGUGGUGCUGGUGAUGGUGUUGGUGUUGAAAUGGGAGUGGUGUGAAGGGGUUUGGAGGUUGUGAUGGUGGUGCUGGUGAUGGUGUUGGUGGUGUUGAAAUGGGAGUGGUGUGAAGGGG